AUGUUUUUUCUUUCUUUCUUUUUUCUUUCUUUUUUCUUCCUUCUUUCUUUCUUUUCUUUCUUUUCUUCUUUCUUUCUUCUUUCUUUCUAUCUCCUUGUCUUCUUCUUCUUCUUCUUCUUCUUCUUCUUCUUCUUCUUCUUCUUCUUUCAAUUUACUUACUCAAUCUCUUUUUUUUCUUUUUUUUUUUUUUUUUUCAGGCUUUCAUUUUUUUUACUCUUUUUUUUUUCCCUUUCUCUAUUUGGAAUAUCUUGCUUUUUUUCUUCCUAUGUUUCAUUUAUCACUUCCUUUCUUUUAUUCAGUUUUCUAACACUUCUGUCUUUUUCUUUAUCUUUAUUCAUUCCCCUUCUUCCUUUCUCUUCUUCCGUUUUCUUUCGUUUUUCUUCGUUCUCUCCUUGCUUCAUGUACUUUCUUCUUUUCUUCCUUAUCUUUGUUCCUUUUCUUCUUCGUUUCUCUUCUUCCGUUUUCUUUCUCUUUUUCUUCGUUCACUCUUUAAUUCUUCCUCUUUUUUUCAUUAUCUUUAUUCCUUUUCUUCUUCCUUUCUCUUUUUCUAUUUUCUUCGUUCUCUUUUUGCUUCUUUUACUUUCCUCUUUCCUUCAUUAUCUUCAUUCUUUUUUCUUCUUCUUUCUCUUCUUCCCCCCUUUCUUUUACUUUAUUCUUUUCCUGUCGCGACCUACGCCAUCGUCAACGCCCGAAGCUCCUGCCAAAACGUCCGCCCAUGAAGAAAUUGCAGUUUAA